AUGAUAGAUUCAACGUAUUUUUUAGCUCAGCAAGAAUUGGUAUUUGGAGGCCACGACAAGUCAGAUUUAUCUGUUAAUAGGGGUAAUUAUGUUGAACUUAUUUACUUAAUGGCCCAGUGUAAUGAGUUGUUAAAAACACAUCUUGCAACGUCCACUAUAUUAACUGGUUUAUCCGAGGACAUUCAAAAUGACUUGAUUCAAUCAAUUUCAAAUGUUCUUCUUAAACAAAUUGAAAAUGAAAUACGUGAUACUCCGUUUGUUGCAAUAAUUAUGGACGAGACAAUUGAUAUUAUUACAAAGUCACAGUUAUCAACAGUGUUGCGUUAUGUUAAUACCAUAGAUGGUUACGAAGUUUUCGAAAGAUUUUUGGGAUUUACUGAUGUUAGUGAAAAUCAAUCAGCGAAACCAUUAUCAGAGCAUACGGACCAACUUCACGACCGGUCGUCGGUAGCCGAGCACCAGAAGGAUGGAGGCGCGGUGCCGUGGGACCUGACCGCCGGUGGAGAGGUAUGCGAGCGGUGCCGGACGUUUUGCGCGGAUAUGACGGAUCUGUGGAGACACGCGCGCGCGGUUCACGGCGACGCGGACUCGUUACACUGCCCGUUCACGGGUUGUGGCAGACGGUUCUCCGCGGUGUCCACGAACGUGUCGCACGUGGAACACCACGCGACGGCCACGGCUCUGCGCGUGUACACAUGCGAAAUCUGCGGCCGGCUGUCCCACAACCGCGGCUCGCUACACAAACACGUGGACCGUGCGCAUCCCAAGGCGCGGGCCGCCAUGUGCGGCGUGUGCUGCCUGUACAUGGGCGACGUUGCGUCGCUGAUCGACCACGUGCACGUCCAGCACGGAGCCGUGGUGGCCAGCGAGCAUGCUGGCAUCGGAGGCCCAUACCUGCGGCCGAAGCGAGUCGCGCGCUGUGACGUAUGCGGCAAACGGUGCCGCAACGACACCGUGUUGCGCGCGCAUAGGCACGUCCACGGUCACGUGGGUCCCGUGAGUCCGCCGUACGCCAGAGUGCGCAUGAUGCGCUAG